CAAACACCAACUCUGUCUUCAUCCUCUUCAUCCUCUUUUUCCUUUUCUUCUUCUUUCGCUCAUUCAUUACUUUCUCCCUUGACUACAUUAUAUUUGCUUACCUAUCUUCUUCCACCCUGCCCAACUACCACAGCAUCGAGACAAAGAACAAGCUUACCCUGGAGAACUGCGCCCACAAUGGCUGAGUCUGCUCCGAGUGAUAUCCCACACACAGGGGAUGCCGAUCGCAGAUCUACCAACGGAAGUCCCGAGAAGACCGCGCCCGGACAGCCCUUGACUCACUACCACUCCCUCGUCUAUAGCUUGCUCAGCUGGGAGCGCCCUCAAACCACAGCUGCCUCCUAUGCCAGCGUCGUGGCUAUGAUCAUUGCAGGUCGAUAUCUUCCAUUGCUCCGCUGGGCCUUGAAGCUACUAUACAUUUCCCUUGGAUUCACGGCGAUUGUCGAAGUUAGUGGACGAGCCAUCUUCGGUCGCGGCUUGAUGAGCAAUUCGCGUCCUCGCAAGUACUACACUAUCCCCAAGGACACGGUCGAGAGCGUGCUUGAGGACCUCGAGCAAUUGAUGGACUUUUUCCUCAUCGAGUUCCAACGCAUUCUGUUCGUCGAGAACCUGUCAUAUACUCUUGCCACUUUCUCGGCUGCCCUUACAUCGUACUGGCUCGUGCGGUUCCUACCACUCUGGGUUCUGGCCCUCAUCGGCGUGACGGUUGCCUACCUUGGACCUCUGUUUUAUCUCAGCAACAAGGAGUUUAUCGACGAGCAGAUCAAUGUUCUCCAGGAGAUGAUCAACUCCCACGCGCGGGAAGUCAAGGAGAUGGCAGAAGCCCAGACCAGCCAGGCCACCGGCAUUGUAAAACAUUAUGUUGGUGAAUAUCGUGCAAAGGCCCAUGAAUACGUCGUCACUCCUCUCGCCCACUCGGCAUCCCCGAAGCAAAAGCAGGAGCACAUCCUGGACACCCCAGUCAAGGCCGAGCCUCAGCCAGGUCCGGCUGCGAUUGAGCAUCCAGAUUUCCCGGCGGCUCCACAGACCGAGCUUCUCCCUCAGUUCCGUGAGGACACAAAGGAGGAACACGCAGAGCCUGCUCCAGAGCCAGUCGCUGCGAUGUAAGCCGCCUUUGAAGGGACGUCUCGGGUGCAAUCAAGAGGUAAUUCCUAACAAAAGGGGACCAUCCACUUUCCAACAGACUGGGUGGAUACCUCUGCGAAAUUCGACGAGUUUGGAUGUUUUCUUUUCUUGGACGGGGAGGAAAGCCAUGUUUUCAAAAGCGACAACAGUUUAGGAGAUUGUAUUUUCAUUUUCAUUCUCAUUUCCAUUUUCCAUUCUCAUUCUCUCGGUUUUCCCGCAUGAAAUUCGAGCCAAAAAAAAAAGGCGCGCAACAAAUGGUGUAUUUUCAUUCUUGUUCUUCUUUCUCAUCCCACUUAUGUAUGGCUCUAUUAAUGUCUUCAUAUGAUUCCUUCUACCCCCAGUCUGCAGUACCAUGGCGCCUGCGGGUUUUGUUUCUUCGCGUCUCUGUAAUUAUGUAGUAUGAAGCAUCCGUCUGCGGCAUUU